UCCGUUCGUGUUCGAAGACCAGGUCUUGGUAAUUAUGGAGUCGAAAGAAACUCUGCAGCUGAGCUUCACGAUGUGGUGGAAGACGCUUGCCCCAUUCCAGCUAAAUGACGCAAAUCCACGGCGCACAUAGCAGGCACGCUCGACGUCAAGAUAAACAGAUGCCAUCACGCGGCUUCAUUCUCCUGAAACUUCAUCCCUCAUCGCCAACAUGUCACGACCGACCAUGAAAGCCUGGCAGUACGACGGCAUCACGGGCGGCCUGGAGAAGAACCUCAAGAUCAACGACGCCGCCACCCAGCCCGCCAUUGGCGACGACGAAAUCCUCGUCGAGGUCCACGCGAUGGCUCUCAAUCCAGUUGACUUCAAGGUCACUGAGAGUGGUAUGCCUUUGACAGCACUGGGCUUGAAGUGCAUACCUGGCGCAGACUUCUGUGGCAGAGUCGCUAAGACGGGCCAGAAAGUCGACUCGUUUCAGAUUGGAGAGUGGGUGUUCGGUGCAAAGGUCGGCGCUAUCUCGAACGGAACCCUUGGGCAAUACGUCAGCGUCUCACAGGACAUGCUGACAAGUCUGCCAAAUGGUGUCGAGGUUGACGAUGCUGCGACUGUUGGAACUGUAGGUCUUGCGGAGAUCCAAGCCAUCAAGCCUAACGUCAAGUCUGGCGACAAGGUCUUCAUCAACGGCGGGUCAGGUGGCACUGGCGUCUACGGCAUUCAGAUCGCAAAAGCUCUUGGAUGUCAUGUCACGACAACAUGCUCGACCGGCAACGUGAAGCUCUGUGAGAGUCUCGGUGCCGAUGAGGUCAUCGACUAUAAGACCAGCAACAUCGUCGAUACUCUCGCCGCCAAGGGACCAGUCUUUCAGCUCGCUGUGGACAACGUGGGCUCACCCGCCGGUUUGUACAAGCAAUCAGCCUCUUACCUGCUUCCCAACGGCAAAUUCGUGCAGGUUGGCGCCACUCCUAGCCUCGGAGGGCUCGCCCAAAUCACCAGCAACUUGCUCGUUCCGAGCUUUUUGGGUGGCGGCAAGAGAUCGUACCAGAUACUGGUGAUGAAGGCGUCCACUGAUGGCCUGAAGCAGUUGGGUGCGUGGCUGAGGGAAGGCAAGGUUAGGGCUGUAUUGGACGAGGUGUUCGAGUGGGAGGACGCGCCGAGGGCUUUUGAGAAGCUGAAGACCGGACGGUCGAAGGGCAAGCUUGUGAUACAUGUGAAGCAGGACUCUGGAAAAGGCGCGUUGUAACGUUGCGGCGCACAACGAUAUGCUUAUUUGCUUUCUCAAGACAUCUGGCGGUUUGUCGCAGGGUGGGGGUGGCAGUGUGAGGCUGUGUAACCGAGUAUAGGCUUCAGCUCAGAUUGAACGCACGUCGUGUCGCUUUCCGCAACAUGAACACCCCCCUCUUCUAUCAGGAAACAUCGAUAGUUCGGCUUACAGAUUCCACGUCAUAGCCUCGCAGACAAAGCGCAAAGCUGGCUUCGAUGUGUCGAUAAAUGAGCCUGGAUCGAAGAGAAUAUGCGAGCCGCCAGCGAAUAGAAUUUGCGAAACCUGCGGGAAAGGACUGAAAGAGUUCGCCGAAAUCAAGGUCGAAGAACUGCAGGGUCAC